AUGAGCAAGCCUUUAGCCAAUGCGAUCAAGCGGAGAGCAAAGAGCCAUCCCAAAUUCCGGGGAACCAUUAUCAACUUUGCUCAGAGCUAUCAUAAGAUCAACGUGGGGAUGCAGCGCAGACUGUACGGUUACAGCACGAACGUGGACAUCAAGCCGCUGAUCGAGGAGAAGGCGGUGGAGACUGCAGCAGACCUCGUGGGCGAGCUUGUUGUUUUCGGGGUGGCUGGCGGCGUUGUUGUUGCAGAGUACACAAGAAGCUCAAUAGCUGAUUCAAGGAAAGAGGAGAAGAGACGACAGGAGAGGGAGGCUCUUCGUCAGAAAGACCUUGAGCUCGAGCGUGAACUGCAAAUGCUUAAGGCACGCUUGGAUGCAUUGGAGAACGCAGCAUCUGACAGCUGGCUUCCGCGCAUUCUUCGAGGCAGCAAUCUUGGGUUGGGUGGGGGCAACCGCAGCACAAGCAGUCCUGCCCAGAAAGAUAGUGAAUCAGGGGCAAGUGAAGUGGAGGGAACAGAGAUUCAUGAGGAGGAGGAUGGGUCAGAGGAGACAGAAGAAAAAGAAAGCCACAGCAAGGAUGGUUCUAGAAAGAAGUAA